AUGCAGUUCAAGAAUCUCGCCGUCCUCGCUGCCGCUGGCAGUGCCGUGGCCGAGUUCGCCAUCAUCACCACACCAGUCCCUACCAACCUUGGCGACAUUCUCACAAACGCCGAUGGUUACGCGUCCUCCGUUCUCAACGAAGUCUCAAUGGGCCUCGCUUCCCUCACCCAAGGCUCCGCUCUCCAGGCUGCCGCCUCUGCCCACAAAGGCCUUGCUUCCUUCGUCGCCACAGCCUCGUACUCCAUUCCCAGCGAAGUCACCAAAGUCGGUGCACUUGAGACCUUCUCCGAGACACCAGCGUGGUACAGUGCGCUCCCAAGCGACAUCAAGAGUUACUACGACAGCUACAACGCCGAGGUGCAGAGGCUGCUCAACCAGGCUAUUCUGGGCAACAAUGGUACUACUGCGUCGACGACUAGGUCUGGUUCUAGUGGUGCGACAGGUGCCAGUGGAACCGCGGGCCCGGCUGAGACUGGUGCGGCUAUGGGUAACAUGGUCGGCAUGAUGGGUGCCGGUGUCGCUGCGGCGUUUGCAGGUGUCAUGGCCUUGUAA